UCCGGGCAGGUUCCCAGCUCUUUCCCGCUCAAGCCACCGUGCAAGAUGAGCGUAGCCGUGGAGGAAGCCGCCUUGCCGUCCAUCUCCACCUUUGCUAGCUUGGUGCCGCUGGAAGACGGACAGCCCGAAAUGAGGCAGAUUCCCCCUCGCUUGGAGGGCGCCGCCGCCACUACCAUCAAGAAGGAAGCGGACGAGCUGGGCAGCUUCGUCGACCUGGAGUUCAUCCUCGCGCACACCACCAAUGGGCACGGGCAGCCAAAUGGCAUGGCGCCUCCUCCCCAUCCCAACCCCAACUACCCACUGCCCGAGACUCCCGAGAGUUGCGGGACUACCUACGACAGCGACGGCUCCAACUACCAGCCGCCUAACAAGUUCGUGGCGUCCUACCUGCCCAGCCCCGGGCACAGCUAUGUGGCCGAGCUCUUCACGCAGGACGUGCAGCAGGCGGCAGCAGCAACAACUCCGACGGGGCCGAGCCCUUGCGAGCUCCAGCGGCGGGAGUACACUGAGCUGCGCGCGCCUGGCCUCGCUCAUCCUCACCCCGUCCUAGUCCGAGGCCUGUCCAUGGAGCACCUCCGCGUCAAACAGGAGCCGAUGGACGGGCAGCCCUGCAUGCUGAGCGGCAGCCCCGACUGCCUGGGGCCGGCUCCCCUGGACCACAAGCCCCUCCUGAUGCAGUCCAUGAUCCACCACCACCAGCAGCCUUCUCUCCCGCAGCACGCGUCCUCAGGCUUUGCUGCCGAGCAGCUGGGCCCCGCGCCCCAGUGCCAGGUGGCGGGCGACAUGCACGCGCAGAUGGGGGGCCCCCAGCAUUACCCGCGCGCCCCUCACGCUUUCCCGCCUAACUUCGCUGGGCAGAUGCAGCCCCAGUUCCAUGGACACUUCAGCGUCUUCAGGGAGCCCCUCAAGACGCACGGCCAAGGCCUGCAUGGGCUGCUAGUCACACCGCCCAACUCGCCCAUUUUGGAAUACUAUCCUCAGAUGGGGCCCCCUGAGGACUGCAAGCCCAAGAGGGGCCGAAGGUCCUGGUCCCGGAAGCGCACGGCCACCCACAACUGCGAAUUCGCCGGCUGCGGGAAGACAUACACCAAGAGUUCGCACCUCAAGGCCCAUAUGCGCACCCACACCGGUGAGAAGCCAUAUCACUGUAACUGGGAAGGCUGCGGCUGGAAAUUUGCACGGUCCGACGAACUAACACGCCAUUACCGCAAACACACUGGCAUUCGGCCCUUCCAGUGCCACAUGUGUGACCGUGCAUUCUCCCGGUCAGAUCACCUGGCUCUGCACAUGAAGCGGCAUAUGUGAAGCACGGCGGAUGCCCUGGGUCAUCUGGGAACAAAGUGAUAGAGUUGGAGUAGAGCAGGGUGGGAGGAGGGAGGCAAAGAGACGGACAACUCUUUAUUUAUGAAGGGAUGGAAUAUUUUCUUAUUGGAGUAGCUAACUUAUGUAUAUAAUAGUGAAACAUUUUAAUAUUUAAAGAGGAAAGCCACCUGGUUUUUCCAUAGCAAUGUGGAAAAAAGUAUGUAUUUAAGAGUGAAUAGUUACACAUAUCCAACUGCAGCAGAGCCCAGGACAUAGGGAAAAACUGCACUGGAAGACUUUGUGUUGUGGCAGUGUAUCUCUGCCAUUCCCCUUUGACAUCUUCCGUAUGCUGCACAACGCCAUAGUACUGAUGCUAUAUUGACUCAAGCUGUUUGUAAGGUUUUAACUUUUGUAUGUUUUGAUUAAUGAAUGGCCUCUAUUUGUUCUCUUGCAAUAUAAAAAAGCUCUAACUGUUAAAUUAGACAUCCUUGAAGGGGGGGGCAGUGUUCCCUCUAACAAGGAUUCCCAGGUGUUAACUACAACUCCCAGAAUCCCCAGCU